AUGUUUUAUCAACCUUCUUCAUUCGACUGCAUAUUGAACUUAUUGAGUUGUAAAUUUUUGUUUGUAUACUCCAAUACCAAAAUUCAACUAGAGACUGACUCGUUUACAAAUUUGAAAGUUCAGAAUAAACGUGUUUUAUCUUGUUUUGUACGUAUGCUGUCAGAUAACCAGGUGCGAAGGCAAAGCCGGUCAAAUGUAUCUGAAGUUAACGAAUGCAUGAAGGACAAACAAGAAAUUAAACGUUUGGAUCGUGUUGCCAGAAAGUCACUAAUCGACAACCGUUAUAAUUUUUUAAUUGAUAAAGUUUCACUUCAUUUUAAAGUUGAUAAAGGGUAUGUUGUGGAGUGCUUAUUGGAUGGUGAGCAAGUGUAUCUCAUUAAGAACUUUUUUGACCCUGGCGGUAGGAAGGCUCUGUUCUUUGGUUUAAAGUCCGAGAAAUCAGAUAUUAAUGAAAGGAUUGGUGUAUUUUCGAGAACUCCAAUCACAAUCCGGCCGCGCAUCUUCGUAUCGACGGGUACUGAAAUAAACCGUCCUGGUCCUUGCGUAAUCUUCACACGAGUUAAUUCGAAUCUCGAAGUGACAGCAGAAAACAUAUCAAAGGAAGUUAGUUUUCUGACGACAGAUCUAACCGAGGAUCUGUUGAAUGCAUUCGGCAACCUGCUGAACUCCUUAAUGCUGCCACAACUUCAAACAGUUUCAGAUAAGGCUUUCAUUGGGAAGACUGUUUCCGUUGAUAUAAACAAGUUAGACUUAGUUGAGUAUACAAAGAAAUUUGUGAAAUUUCUUGAAGAAUCAUCAGAAUUCUUAGCUAACCGAUUUCACUUUAAAUCUUUUCAAAGCAAAUCAAUCGAAAAGAUACAAUCGGUUCAUGAUAUUAAACGUUUAUCGUCUAUAGUCAGUCCUGAUAUGUUAAAAGAAUUUGAAAUUUGUGCUAUGGCCUGGAUUAAUCAGCUAGAACAAGUAAUAGCUAUUGUUGAUCAGAUUAGAAAGGAAGCUGACAAUACAGGUCCUCGAGUCGAGUUGGACUAUUGGCGUCGACGGAUGACCACAUUCAAUACGAUAUUUGAAGAAAUGAACAAGCACAAUUGUAAAGUUGUCCUUGGUAUACUUUCUUCUACAAAUUGUCCUCUAGUGAAGAAAUGGCUUCAACUCGAAUCCAUCGUAAUGGAUUAUACAAAUGAAGCGAAAAAUAAUAUGAAAUUUCUGAAUACCAUCGAAGAAUAUUGUGAGCCGUUGUACAGAUGUGAUCCAGUUGGUAUGUUGGAGAGUGUACCGAAACUUGUGACAAUGAUUCGUCUAGUCUAUGAGAUCUCCGUUUUCUAUAGUACACCAGAGAAAAUCACCUCACUCUUCGUUAAAGUCACUAAUCAAAUGAUCUCCACAUGUAAAGCGUAUAUCACUAGUAACUAUGAGCAUACAAUAUGGACAGAGAAUCCGGACAAGCUGUUGAAAAAAAUAUCCGAUUGUCAUAACUUGAAUCAAAUGUACAAAACAUCAUUUCAACGAGUGAAAGCCGAGCUGGCCGCUAAACCGAAUUCGUCGAAACAAUUCGAUCUCUCUGAAAUACACAUAUUUGGUAAAUACGAUUUAUUCUGUCGACGGUUGCAUCAGAUUAAUGAAGUAUUCGAAAUGAUUCAGGCGUAUUCUUGUUUAUUGACGUCAAAAAUUGAAAAAUUCGACCCUUUGAUUACACAGUAUAAUCUGGCUGUAAGUAAACUUCGCACGAAUGACUAUAACUUUUUGGAUCAACGCAAAGCUGAGGUGGAUGAUUGUAUCAUGGAGUUCAAAGGAAAGAUGAAUGAUAUCCGGCUUAGUUUAAAGUCAUUACUUCAAUCAGAAAUGAACAAACAUUAUGAUUUAUACAGGCUUUUAAGCAUUAUAGGACAGUUUGAAAAGCUGCAGUUACCAGAUUUGGGCAUAGAUGAAGCCUACGCUAAAUCGUUGCAUCAUUUUGGUCAAUUGAUUGAUCAAGUUGGCAAAGAUUAUAGUAAAUUCAAGGAAUCGCCACCUAUUGGACGUGAUAUGCCACCGAUUGCAGGCAAAAUAUCCUGGGCAAAACAAUUAUAUCGGAGAAUUGAAGGUCCAAUGUUGAUGUUCAAUAAUAAAGUGAAAUUGAUGCGUUCAAAGGAAGGCAAAGAAAUAACAAAAAAGUAUAAUAAAUUAGCUGAAGUUCUAGUCACUUAUGAAAUGGUCCACUAUCGUAAUUGGAUUAAACAGAUAUCUAUAGCAAAAGUCAGUCUCCGUGAUUCUCUGCUAUAUCAAGAUGAAGAAACAAAUCGAAUUAUUGUCGCACUGGAUCCAGAGAUUUUACAAGUCUACCGAGAAAUUGAAUUAUUUUCGAAAUGGGGAUUGGAAAUACCUGAAAUUGCUAUAGAAUUGAGUCAAAAAGAGAAGGAAUUGAAAAGACACUAUCAUAAUUUAAAACUAAUGAUAUCGAAUAUCAACGAAAUCGAAGCGAGCAUGGAUCCAUAUUUUAUGCGUUUAAUGCGUGCACAAUUUGCCUAUCUACAAAAUUUACUAAGACCUGGUUUAUCUUUGCUAAAUUGGACAAGUUUGGGUAUUGAUCAAUUUAUUGACGAUGUAACAGGAUAUACUGAUCAGUUACGAUUGUUGAAUGAACGUGCAAAUGAUUUGAAGAUGUAUCGAAUUGAAAAAGUUUUAGACGAAAUAUCUAAUGUCACCUUAUGCGAAUUGAGUGAUACAGAGCCGUGGAGCAUAGACUACUUCCUUGAGCAUACCAAACAGUUGUGUAGUCAAGCUGGACAGCUGUUACAGAUUAAAAGUCAAGCUAUUCAAGAUGCUGUACAUGAAUUAAUCGAUAUGCUAUGCGGUGAAUACAGGUUACAAUUGAUACAAGAAGAGGAAAAGACAGCUGGGAGUUCACCACGGGUUAUACGAUCAGGAAAGUCAACAGCGUCUCAACAUGACUCAGCUUAUUCAACUAAUGGAGGACGUUCAAAAACUCCAGUAGCAAAAAGUGCGAAUGAACGUCGUCGGCGACAAAUUGAAGAGACUGCUUACCGAUUACUAGAACACUUUCAUCAAAAAACUGUGGACACCUUGACGAAACUGGUUCGUAACACAUUGGAAAAUCUACGGAAAUGCUUGACUUUGCCUUCAAUUUUAUCUUAUGAUAGCCUGAAUCCAAAUGAAUCGGUACAGCUAUACUUUUCGUGUUAUGCACAAUUGUGUCUACCGACAAUUCUGAUCUCCCCGUCCAUUGAAGACUUUCAAAAAGCGCUGAACACUGUUGUACACUUAAUUAUUUCUGUAAUGCGUCAUAUUCCAAUGUGGGAUUUGAAAUUGCGUAGUCCUCUGGGUUAUAAGGAUGACAAUGCAGUUGAAGAAAUUGUGCAAUCGCCAAAAGAAACAAGAAGAAUAUCAAGUCAAACCGAGACUUCAUCUCAGCAGCAUCUGAGUAGUGACUGGACCCGGGAUCCAAAUAAUGAUUCGUUUGAUGAAGGCACUGACCGCCAACUACUAACUGAUUAUUCAUUACUAGACGAACAGCUCAGUAUGAUAGAUGGGGAAAAUGGAAGUGGAACUGGUAAUCACUCAAAUUGUUAUUUCAAGAAAAUAUUUGAAAAUAAAGAGAUCAACAAACUGAAAGCAAUGCUUACUAGCGCUUUAUCACCAGUGCAGAAGAAUAUAAAAUCCUCACUUCGACGAUUUGAUCGGUAUAAACCGUUGUGGGAGAAGUCUAAAACAGAAGAAUUUGAAAAAUUCAUGGCAACUAAUCCAUCUGUAGUCGAUUUUGAAGAAGCUAUACAGAAAUUCUAUGCAGAAGAUGAAUUGAUCCUUGCUGAACCGGAAGUUGUUGACUGUAGUCCCCUGGCCAUUAAUACAGAACGCUUAAAAGAAGGUCUUCUUGUAGAAACCAGUAACUGGCGAUUAGAAUAUGGAAAAUUGUGUAAUUCAAAGUUCAAAAAACAAGUAGAAUCGUUGUUUGCAAUGAUUGAGAAAUAUGACAAAAUUUUAUCAAGACCUAUUAAUGAUUUGGAUGAUAUAAGAAUACUUAUGAAUGCACUGAAAGAUUUACGUGAAAUGGAAGUGAAUGUAGACUUACAACUUGGCCCAAUUGAAGAAUCCUAUGCUCUACUGUCGAAAUAUUCAAUUCCAGUGGAUAAGGAGGAGACUGAAAAGGCUGACACACUACGUUAUGAAUGGGAGAAGUUAUGCAAACAAAUGUUACUGGUACAAAAUGAAUUAAUUGAAGUUCAACCACAAUUUCGUAGUAAUCUGUUAGAGAAUAUUGGUGAAUUCCAUGAAAGUUGUUUAACCUUCUAUGAUGAUUAUGAUAAAGUUGGACCAAUGGUUCGAGGUAUACCGCCCAGAGAAGCCUCCGACCGUCUAAUCAUAUUUCAAAAUCGUUUCGACAAUCUCUAUCGUAAUUACGUAACAUACAGUGCUGGAGAACAAUUAUUCGGCCUACCAAUUACCGAAUACAACCGACUAGACGAAAUCAGGAAACAGCUAAAUCUACUACAAAAACUCUAUCUAUUAUACAAUAGUGUUUUAAACAAAACAGCCGGUUAUUAUGAUCUACCCUGGUCUGAUGUUAGAAUCGAUUCAAUUUCACAAGAACUACAAGAGUUUCAAAAUCGUUGCCUUAAACUGCCUAAAGCUUUAAGAGAAUAUCCAGCUUACGAUGAUCUAAGACAAACUCUAGCGAACUUUGAUCAGAUCAUCCCACUGCUCGAGUUGAUGUCUAAUCCAGCGAUGCGUGAACGACACUGGAAACGUUUAACCACCCUUACAGGGCAUACAUUUAAUGUUGAAGAGAGUGGAUUCCUUCUUCGCAGUAUUCUUGAAGCUCCUCUUCUCAAACAUUACGAUGAUGUCGAGGAUAUAUGUGUAUCAGCAAUCAAGGAACGUGAUAUUGAGAGCAAACUUAUCAGUAUAAAAGCUGAAUGGAGUGCCCAAGAGUUUGAGUUUGUUCAAUUCAAAAAUCGUGGAGAAUUGCUACUACGUGGGGAUCAUACCCUGGAGUUGAUCAGUCUUAUGGAAGACUCAUUAAUGGCGCUUGGUUCACUGCUAAGCAACCGUUACAAUACACCAUUUCGUAAGGAUAUUCAAAGCUUCAUUUCAAGACUGUCGAAUUCCAGCGAAAUUAUUGAACAAUGGCUUGCUGUACAAAAUUUAUGGAUCUAUCUUGAAGCUGUGUUCAUCGGUGGGGAUAUAGCUCGUCAACUGCCACAAGAAGCGAAACGUUUCACCAAUGUCGAUAAAUCUUGGUGUCGGAUUAUGCAACGUGCCCACGAGACGACACAUGUGUUAACCUGUUGUGUUGGUGAUGAAAUGCUCAGUCAUUUAUUGCCGCAUUUAAUGGAACAGUUGGAAUUGUGUCAAAAAAGUUUAACUGGGUAUUUAGAGAAAAAGCGUCUCCUAUUCCCACGUUUCUUUUUCGUAUCCGAUCCAACCUUACUGGAGAUUCUCGGUCAAGCCUCAGAUCCGCAUACAAUACAGGCACAUUUGCUUUCAGUAUUCGAUAAUAUUAAGACAGUAAAAUUUCAUGAAAAACAAUAUGAGACCAUUUUAACGUGUUAUUCACAAGAAGGUGAAGUCUUGGAGUUAGAGCAUCCUGUAAAAGCUGAAGGACACGUAGAGAUUUGGCUAAACAAGUUGCUGAAAGAAGCUCAAUUCUCUCUGCAUCAGAUCAUCAGGGAAGGCUACCAAGCUGCAAUGGAAGAAGGCGUGAAUAUAUUAGAAUUUCUAGCCACAUUCCCUGCUCAGGUCGGAUUAUUAGGCAUACAAUUUAUAUGGACAAGAGACUCGACGAAUGCACUACGCGAGGCUAAAUAUAACAAGAAGAUAAUGCAAAGAACGGAUCAUGAAUUUGGUCGUCUAUUGAAUAUGUUGAUCCAACAGACUACGCAUAAUCUGACACCAGUUGAACGUACUAAACUAGAAACACUAAUCACUAUACAUCUACAUCAGAAAGACAUUUUUGCAGCAUUAGUUAAAGAUCGUAUCAAAUCACCGACAGACUUUGACUGGUUAAAACAAACACGUUUCUACUAUCUGGAAGAUUCAGAUGCUUGUUUAAUUUCCAUAACUGAUGUGAAUUUUGUUUAUCAGGAUGAAUUUAUCGGGUGCACAGAAAGGUUGGUUGUCACACCACUCACGGAUAGGUGUUAUAUCACGCUUGCACAAGCAAUCGGUAUGUCUAUGGGUGGUUCACCAGCUGGACCAGCAGGAACUGGGAAAACAGAGACAGUCAAAGAUAUGGGCCGAUGUCUAGGCAAAUAUGUGAUCGUCUCCAACUGUUCAGAUCAAAUGGAUUUUCGUGGUUUAGGCAGAAUAUUCAAAGGUCUAGCCCAAUCGGGUUCAUGGGGAUGCUUUGAUGAAUUUAAUCGUAUUGAAUUGCCUGUGUUAUCGGUCGCUGCUCAACAGAUCGCCAUUUUGUUAACAUGCAAAAAGGAAAGAAAGUCACAGUUUGUGUUUACGGAUGGUGAGACGAUCGAUAUGAAUCCAGAGUUUGGAAUCUUUUUAACAAUGAAUCCUGGCUAUGCUGGAAGACAAGAGUUACCAGAGAAUUUGAAGAUCAAUUUUAGAACAGUCGCUAUGAUGGUUCCAGACAGGCAGAUUAUUAUCCGUGUUAAACUUGCCUCGUGUGGUUUUAUUGAAAAUAUUAUAUCAGCACAAAAGUUUUACACAUUGUAUAAGCUGUGUGAAGAACAGUUAAGUAAACAGAUUCACUAUGAUUUUGGACUGCGUAACAUCCUUUCUGUUUUGCGUACACUGGGUGCAGUGAAACGUGCCAAUCCGAAUGAUACAGAAUUUGAGACAGUAAUGCGUGUCCUGCGUGAUAUGAAUUUGAGUAAACUGGUUGGACCGGAUGAACCAUUGUUUUUAUCCCUGCUUGAUGAUCUAUUCCCUGGUCUUUCCCUGUACAAAGGUGGUUAUCCAGAACUCGAAAAGGCUAUAAAGCAAAACCUGGCAGAAUCCCAUCUCAUCAGUCAUCCUCCAUGGUUUCUCAAAGUUAUCCAGUUAUAUGAAACUCAACGUGUUCGUCACGGGAUGAUGACAUUGGGUCCCUCAGGAACUGGGAAAUCCUGUUGUAUUCAAACAUUAAUGAGAGCAAUGACUCAAUGCUUUGAACCACAUCGUGAAAUGCGUAUGAAUCCGAAAGCGAUUACCGCCGCACAAAUGUUUGGCCGAUUGGAUGUAGCCACUAAUGAUUGGACUGAUGGUAUAUUUUCCACUUUAUGGCGUAGAACACUGAAAGCAAAGAAAGGUGAACAUAUCUGGUUAGUGCUGGAUGGUCCAGUUGAUGCUUUAUGGAUUGAAAAUUUGAAUUCUGUCCUGGAUGAUAGUAAACUUCUGACAUUGGCCAAUGGUGAUCGUAUUCCAAUGGCACCGUGUUGUAAGAUUAUUUUUGAAGUGGACAAUGUAGACAAUGCAUCACCUGCAACUGUUUCAAGAAACGGUAUGGUGUAUAUAAGUACAACUACGCUGAACUGGUUACCCAUCCUUCAAGGUUGGUUAUUGUCACGUAGUAAAACUGAAGCUGACCAGCUAUUACAAUUAUUCACUGCAUCCUUUGAAAGUGUCUACCAAUAUGCAACUAGACAUUUAAAUUUUAAAAUGAAUGUUCUUGAAGCUUUCGUUAUUCGUCAAGCAUGCGAUCUAUUAACUGGGAUAUUGCCGACACCAGAAGAAAAGGACAGUGCAUCGAUAACUCCAAAACAUCUUGAACGUAUUUACAUAUUUGCAAUCAUGUGGAGUAUUGGUGCUUUUCUCGAAGGUGUUGAUCGUGGAAAACUUGAAAGUUAUUUACGUAAACAUGAAACAGUGAAAUUCGAUCUUCCCGAAUAUCUUCCAGAUUCGAAUGACACGAUAUUUGACUAUCUAGUUAGUGAUUCAGGUGAAUGGAUCCAUUGGAAUACAAGAGUUGAGGAAUUUGUCUAUCCAACUGACUAUACGCCGGAGUAUUCCUCAUUACUUGUACCGAAUGUAGACAAUGUACGCACGGAAUACCUUAUUGAUUUAAUUGCUAAACAACAAAAAUGUGUCCUGCUGAUUGGUGAACAAGGUACAGCGAAAACUGUAAUUCUCAACAAGUAUUUAAGCAGUCACAAUCCUGAAGUCCAUAUGUAUAAAACGUUGAAUUUUUCAAGUGUUACUACACCGUUAUUAUUUCAACGUGCCAUUGAAAGUUUUGUUGAUAAACGAAUGGGUAGUACAUAUGGUCCAUCAGCAGGUCGAAGAAUGACAAUCUUCAUUGAUGAUAUUAGUAUGCCGCUGAUAAAUGAAUGGGGUGAUCAGGUAACCAAUGAAAUGGUUCGCCAGUUAAUCGAAAUGAAAGGAUUCUAUAACCUGGAGAAACCGGGAGAUUUCACUUCAAUUGUUGAUGUCCAAUUCGCUGCGGCCAUGAUUCAUCCUGGCUCAGGGCGUAAUGAUAUACCGCAUAGAUUAAAACGUCAUUUUUGUAUAUUCAACUGUACUCUGCCAAGUAAUGCAUCAAUCGAUAAAAUAUUUAGUGCAAUAGCUGAAGGACAUUAUUGUCCUGAGAGAGGAUUCACUGACAGUAGUAUAGUUGAUACAGUGAAACUGCUUGUCCCGUUAACACGACUUCUAUGGCAAACGACGAAGCAUAAAAUGCUCCCGACACCGGCUAAAUUUCAUUACAUCUUCAAUUUACGUGAUCUAAGUCGUAUAUGGCAAGGUAUGAUUGGUAUUGUAGCUGAAGUGAUCAAUAGUAAAGAACGUUUGAUGAUGUUAUGGCGUCAUGAAUGUUUAAGAGUAUUAGCAGACAGAUUCGUUUCAGCUGAAGACCACCAAUGGUUUGAUACAAUUAUGAAACGUCUAGUUAGAGAAGAACUUGGUACUGAAUACGUAAAUAUGGUGGCAAAUGAUCCGCCCUACUUUGUUAAUUUCUUACGCGACCCACCUGAAGCAACUGGUGAUGAACCUGAUGAUUAUGUUGUCGAAGUACCCAGAAUUUAUGAACCGAUUGAAUCAUUUCAACAAUUAUCGGAACGUCUGGACAUGUUUCUACGUCAGUACAAUGAAUCGAUCCGUGGUGCACGAAUGAAUUUAGUCUUAUUUCAAGAUACUUUAACACAAAUUGUACGUAUAGCUAGAAUUUUAUAUAUGCCACGUGGUAAUGCUUUACUAGUCGGCGUUGGUGGGUCGGGAAAACAAUCGUUUACAAAAUUGGCAUCCUACAUAGCUGGCUAUCAGACAUUUCAAAUCACAUUGACAAGGUAA